GUAGUGAUGGGGAUCCGUGGUCCGUAACAAAGGGUCCUCGUAAAUAGCGCCGUGCUGGUCGUCUCGCGGAAGGACGCGGCAUGUUUUUCUUCUCAAAUGUCCUGAAUCGGUUCGCGCCUGGGACACGCGCACACACGCGCAGGCCUCGCUGGGUGCGCGAGCCACGCCGCACGAGGCUGGUUGGAAUGAGGGACCGGCGAUGGAUUAGGGCGGCUGCCGGUGCUCGGGGGCGUAGUGGUGUUGCCCGUGAAUGACAAAAGCAGACGGACUCCUUUAGAUCUGCUCACCCCGGGACCACGGAGUGGGCCACGAAUAACUUGAGAGGGGAAGAGGAGAUUAUCUUGGUACUGCUCCCUCUGAUGUCAAUGUAGUUUACAGCUUUACUUCACAAUUUCUGUUUUUGGGGUGGAUGGGAAGGGAUUUAUAUAUCCAAGAGGACCAUUGGUUUGGUCGAGAACAUCCUCCUGCCUCGGCUUCUUCAUGCCCGUCAUGAGCGUACCAGCCCAGCAGAAAGCCAGCGCCAAAAGAACCGGGAAACGCAUCACGUUUUUCAACGAGCAAAGCAUAGCGAUGAAGGAGACUUCGCAACACCCCGAGGAGUCCUACUAUAUCCCGGGGGGCCCUACCUCGGACCCCGGACAGAGCGAGGCUGCAAGUACCGUGACCUCCAAUCCGGAAGCCCCCCACAUGUACCUGAACUCUGUCAUCUUCAGCCCGGACAAGGGUGACCAGAACAGGGGUCAUUAUCAGCAGACUGUGCCUAUGAAAUGGGCCCACCAGGAACCUAGUCAGCAGCAGCCGUCGCUGUCCCAGCAGCAGAGAGCCGCCUCGUGGAAUACAGUGUCCAACUGGGGACAGAACUUUGCUAAUUACAUCGGGGGAGUCAACGUGACGGACUCAAGGACCCAGAACUCGUUUGGGAAGUCGAUGCACGAAGCUUCCGGCUUACAGCAUCAACCGCCUCCGAGCAGGGCGGCGGACAAGCAGCCGCUGGGGCCAAACCCCGCAGUUGAAGCGUACAGGGACGCAGUGAAGGUGCGGGGACUGGAUUGGGAGCAGCAGCAGCCCCAGGCCUUCCAGGAGACCUUGAAACCCGGGGCGCUGAACCCGCAGCAGCACAGCGCGUCCCAUCCGGGAGGAAGCUCGGUAUUGCAGCCCUUCCAGUUGGCCUUUGGUCAGCCCAAGCAGCACCUGCCAGCGUACUACCAGACCUUUCAAGGCAACAGGACAACCCUCCCUAACCCGCCGAACUACUCCGCACAAGCGAAACCCCCGCACCAGCUGCAGCAGCAAGAGCAAAUACAGCGCCAGCAGCAGCAGCAACAACAUCAAAUACUCCAGCAGCAAAUUCAGCAGCAGCAGCACCAUCAACAAAUGCAGCAGCAACAAAUCAUUCAGCAUCAACACAAUGUGCAGCAGCAGCUUCAGCAGCAGCAACAAAUCCAGCACGAGCAGCAGCAACAAAAGAUUCAGCAACAACAGCAGCAGCUUCAAAUUCAGCAGCAAAUGCAACAUCAGCAGUUGCAACAACAAAACCCCCACGUGCUCGACUUUUACCCCGGCCCCCAAAAUGCGCACUCUCACCCGCAGCCCGUGGUGGUGCACUCCCUGGACUCCUCGGCGCCAGCUCCCCCACAGAUCCAGGAACCAAUAAUCCAGGACGUCACCCCGGAACCCCAGCCGCCCUCGGAUCCGCUGCUGCCACCGACGCUCCACCCGGAGGCACCGUCCGAGGCCCGCGCUCAGCCGCAGGCGCAGCCUCGCCGAUUGCGGCGGCUCUCAAAGGAGGGCGGCGCGCCGUCGGACAACCCCUUUCUCUCUGUCCCCUCAGACCAGGCUUCCCUGGGGUCGCCGGGCUCUCAGAACGGGGCCCGGGACGCCCAGCCGGCCCCCACGGGCGUCAUCCAGAGCACGCGGAGGAAACGCAGGGUGUCCCAGGAGGUCAACCUGGAGACUCUCGCUCAGAAGGCCUCAGAAAUGGAGUCUCUGCCGCCGCAUAUUGUAAAGGAUCCCCACAGGCCGUGGAGUCCCACCGGGGGUCUGAGCACCAAGCGGCCUCGAGACGACAGCCUCUUGCCGCUCGUCAUCCCCGUGUCGGUUCCCGUGCGACGGCAGGAGCCCUCCUCUCCCGACAGAGACGAGGCGGCCCGGGCCUCCGACUGGCCCCACAGGCCCUCGAACCCCCUGAACCUCGGCCGCGCCGACCACAAGCCCUCGGUCAUUGUGACCCGGAGGCGCUCACUCAGGAACCCCUUGUCGGAGAGCUCCGAGCAGAAUGGAAGAACCGAAGGGGAGAGAGACGAUGACGGCAAAAAGUCCAAGCGGCGUCCGCGGCCCGAGCCCCUUUUCAUCCCGCCGCCCAAACCGGGUCUAUUCAUCAACCCGCCGUUCUACUCGAGCAUCACGCCCUACCAGAGCCACCUACGGUCCCCCGUGCGCCUCGCCGAGCACCCGCUCUCUAUUCCGCCCUACACGCCACCGCCGAUCCUCAGUCCGGUCCGCGAGGGCUCCGGCCUCUACUUUUCCACCUUCCUGUCCUCCGCUGCCGGCCAGGGCCUGGCGCCUCCUGCAACGCCCAAGUCGGCAACACGCAGCCUGUUGCGCUCAAGCAGCUGCGACAUCACACCGCCAGUUUUGUCUGCCAUGAUCGAGGCCACUCCGGUCAGCAUAGAGCCACGGAUAAAUAUUGGGUCGCGGUACCAGGCCGAGGUGCCCGAGCUGAGGCGGCGGUCAGCUGUUGAGCUGGAUCAUCAUCGAGCGGAGCUGCUCUGGGCUCCGCUGAAGGAUCUGGAGGAAAAGCCGGACUUCCAGCAGAGAGUGGAAGCCCUCAUGCACGUGGCCUGCUCCAGUGUUUUGUGUGGAGGAGGCACCAACCAGGAGUUGGCCCACCAUUGUCUGUACGAGUGCAAAGGGGAGAUAAUGGCUGCCCUGUCCCUCCUGAUGCUGAAGAAUCCAGUUUUCCCCCCGUCUCAUAAUCUAACAAACUACCACUACUCAGGAUCAGACAGCUGGAGCGCAGCUGAGCGACGGCAGUUCAACAAAGGCAUCGCCACAUACAAGAAGGACUUCUUCAUGGUGCAGAAACAGGUGGCCACUAAGUCAGUGGCGCAGUGUGUGGAGUUUUACUACACGUACAAGAAACACGUCAAGAUGGGCCGCAACGGGCUGCUGAUCUACGGCGAGCUGGAGCCGCUCGACAGCAAGACCACGGAGGAGGAGACGACGGACCACAAGCAGGGUCAUCACAGGUUGGAGCCACAGAGGGAGGAGGACGGCAGGAAGUGGGAGGGGUCAGCUGACAGGAAGCCGGAUGUCGGCCCCGCCGGAGCGGCGCACACGCUGCAGUCCGCUGAGAAUCCGGCGACCGUCCUGAUCAUGAAGGGCCAGGAGGACGUUGCGAGGGACCAGCUGCUGUCCCGGGUCGCCCAACCGCCUCCGCCUCCCCCUCCCGGCUCCAAGUCUCGCUACGACGCCAACGCGCGUAAAACCAGCCCGUCGACGGGCACCAAAGUCCCUGCUGGUCAGGAGGGAGAGUUCCCCUGCAAGAAAUGUGGCAGGAUUUUCUACAAGGUGAAGAGCCGCAGCGCCCACAUGAAGAGCCACGCCGAGCAGGAGAAGAAGGCCGCCGCGCUGCGGCAGAAGGAGGCCGAGGAGCGAGUGGCGGCGGUGAAAGCGGCCUCCGAGGCCGCCGCGCGGCAGCUCAACGGGGACCCAACAAAGGGGGGGGGGCACGCCACACGCGGUUUUCUUUGA